GGACACGCUCAGACAGAGGAGAAGGAUCAAACCCUGCGAAGAUCAGCAGACCAUGGAGAGGAGUCAGACUGGAGCAGAUAAAGAAAAGAGAAAUCAGGGCACAAUGACAGACCACAGGUCUGAGUGGAGGGUGGAGAGGCUGGAGCCAAAGACAGAGGAGUGUAAAUUAAAAACUACUGAUUCACAGAAGCCUGGAGAGACAGAGGAAUCAGAGAAACGUCCCAGAGGACGACAAGAGACCGAGGACAGGAGGAGAGAGGAAGGUAGUCCCAGUGAGAGAGGCACGGAAGAUUAUAAUGCUGUCCGAGAGGUCCAGGAGUCUUUCUCAGAUUCCUCUGCCUGCUCACUCAUCAUGUGUCCUGCCUGGGAGCUCCCAAAACCUCACCAGCACAGCAAGCCCGAUCAAGAAUCAGGAGGCAGUAAAAGGAAGAAGAACGCCUGAGCGGCUGUUACAGAGACAGGACAGCUGGUCCAGAAGCCUCCGAGGUAAAGAUGACGACCCGGGCUCUGACUCACUGUCUCCAUCAAGCAGCAAGAUCAGGCCUCAGGAUGGUUUCAGUUUGCUGCUGCGGAGACACGGCGGGUCCAGGAGAAACUCUCUACUCCGCUGGUGCCAGAGUCGGACGCAAGGAUACAGAAACAUAGAAAUCACAAAUUUCAGCAGCAGCUGGGAGGACGGUCUGGCCUUUUGUGCUGUUUAUCACUCCUAUCUGCCCACACACAUUCCCUACAGCUCGCUGAAGGCUGAAGAGAAGAGGCAGAACCUGGACCUGGCCUUUCAUACUGGUGAAAAUGUGGGAAUUAAAGCUACACUGACGGUGGAGGAGAUGCUGAGAGACGAAGGCCCCGACUGGCAGAGGGUUCUGGGUUAUGUAGAAAGCAUGUACCGCCACUUUGAGAUGUGAGCUCAUCAGUUAAUCUUCCGUUUUAUCCUCCACCAUUUUUAGAUGUAAUUUGCACAACAACGACAUGAAAGACCAAUCUGAGAAAUGCCAGGACUACAGAAGUGUAAAACUGCCACAGAUGCAGUUUACCGUACUUGGGUCACCCCCCUGGCCUUACUGUGUUUGUCUCAUGACCAGUGAAACGUCUUCUGAAUGAUUAAAGCACUUUAUUUAUUGCAGUGUAACAGGCGAGCAACGGAUCACAGGGAACUGACAAUCUUAAAUAA